GAAAGUGAAAGUGCAGCCCUGUGAGCAACUGUGUCUCCGUAUGUUACUGCUAUGGACUCAAGGCUUUACCUCAUUAUUCUGAAUUUGCUGAUAGUUUGUAAUGACAUCCAGUCCUUUGAAGACUUGACCUCAAGGAAGAGCAGAAAGCUUUCCUGUAUGUAUGUGGAUAUGAGAAAUAAAACCUUGUUGGGCUACAAUGAUAUUAUGAAACAGAAAGCCUUUUUAGUAUUAAGCAGCAGGAAACAACUUUCCAAGGAAUAUUUUGAUUCGGAAGGAAUUACAUUUAUUUUGAAAGAUUCACCAGUCAACACAAUGAAGUUCUUAAAGGAACACACUCUGGACCUAGUGUGUGAGGUCAACCCAUACUUUACAGAUAACACCCAGAUUAUCUGGCCUGGUAUCCAUGUCAUUGAGAAUAUGGAAGAAGCUUGGUUCGUCAGCAGAUUCAAGCACCCAAAUGAUAAAUUUCAGUUUACUUUAUUUUUCACCCACAUUUCACAGAAAUCCCUGGAAGAACAGGAUGGAUCUCAACUGCAGGCAUUUCCAAAUGCUGAAAUUCGCUAUGUGUUACCUGUGUUUAUGUUAAGCACACAGACUCCACAUGUCCAGACAAGACUUCAAGAAGAUGCUUUGUUGAACUGCGAUUUUUCUAUUGACCACCAUGCUGAUGUGAACAUUGUUUGGAAAUUACUCAAGAAAGGCGGCCAAGAGAUGAAACUUCUUACGUACAAGGGAUCUGAGAAAUCAGUUGUAUAUCAUGUUAAAGGGAUUGCGAUGUAUGUAGAUGAAGUACCCAAGGGGUCGGCUUCUCUUGUAGUGAAAAAUGUAGAUCUGGAAAAAGAAGGGCUGUAUACGUGUUCCGUGUCUGUGAACUCACUGUUUGGGGACCAAGUCAUACAUCUUGAAGUUGUAGAACCUCCCAUAGUAAAUCUUAAUGUAAAAUCGCUGCUGCUCACAGAGGGCCAAGAACAGAAACUUGUGUGUGAAGCCUCUAAAUACUACCCUUUGGAUGUUAAUAUAGAAUGGCUGCGAGAAGGACGAGAUCAGACUCUAUUACCUACUGUUCUGAAGAAUGUGCUUUACAGUAGUCACAAGCACAACAAUGAUGGAACCUACAGCCUGUCCAGCUUCUUUAUUUUUACUGCUUCUCAACUGGAUAAUGGUGCUGUUCUCACAUGUCGUGUGGAGCACAUGAGCCUAAAGCAUCCCAUAAGGAAGAGUGUGAAGGUUCGAGUCGAAGAAUCUCCAAGCUAUCAAGAAUUUUUCUUGGGAGGAGCUCGAGUAAGUCAAAGCACUACUGAAAUUGGUGUGAAAAAGAAAGAAUGCUGCCACGCAGAAAAUAAAACACCCAGACUUGACUUUGAAGAAAAAAAGGAGACUGAAGAAACAAGAAGUUAUAGUAGUUUUAAUUGGAAAACUAGAGAACUGGGCAGCUUAAAAGUAAAAAUUAGUUGUGUACUGUAAAGUAUUUAUCAUGUUACAUGUGCUUGCAUUACACAGAAAGAGACCAUGACAGAUAAGCUUGCUGCAUUUGAUGCAAAUGUUUCCGAGAUGGAAGAAUUUGCUCAGUCUGAAUGUUUUUAUUCAUUUUAGCACAGACAUGUCUUUUCCCAAAAUAAUCCCAAAUUUGGGGGCAGAUUUAUCAAGGGUCAAAUUUUGAAGUGGAAAAUACAGAAUUGAAUUCAAAAUUGAAUACUACGAAAUUCUAAGUCGAAUUCGUAGGAUUUUGUGCAUCGUAGGAUCAUAUUCCGAUCGUACAUCGAAUCGGUUUUAUGGUGCGAUCGUACGAUUUUCCUUAGAAUACAAAAAACUUAGAAAUAUGCUCUGGAAGGUCCCCAUAGGCUAACUUUGCA